AUGUCCCUUCAAACACCGCUGUGCUCAUUGCUCAAAAUCAAACACCCUGUCAUGCUAGCGGGCAUGGCACGGGCUUCUGGGGCGCGUCUCGCGGCCGCUGUGUCUAAUGCAGGUGGUCUCGGGACCAUCGGCGGCCUGGGCUACACCCCGGAGCAAUUGUCGGACAUGUUGACGGAGCUCAAAUCCCUCCUGCGGGAUCCAUCUCUCCCCUUUGGUGUUGAUCUGGCGCUACCGCAGGUCGGUGGUGGAGCACGCGCGACAAACCACGACUAUACCCACGGACAACUGGAUCAACUAAUCGACGUCGUCAUCUCCCACGGCGCCAAACUGUUCGUCUCCGCCGUCGGAGUACCCCCGGCGCACGUCAUCAAGCGCCUGCACGACGCGGGUAUCCUCAUCAUGAACAUGGUGGGGGCGCCCAAGCACGCGGAGAAGGCGUUCAAAUUGGGCGUGGACAUCGUCUGCGCGCAGGGCGGCGAAGGGGGCGGCCACACGGGUGAAAUCCCGUUCUCCGUGUUGGUGCCUGCGAUCGUGGAUGUGGCGAAGAAAUACAAGAGUCCACUUACGGGGCAGCCGGCAUUGGUGGUGGCCGCUGGUGGUGUGAACGAUGGGCGAAGUCUGGCUGCGUCCCUGAUGCUAGGAGCGUCUGGUGUCUGGGUAGGUACUCGAUUCGUGGCCUCAGAGGAAAGCGGCGCUAGUCAAUUGCACAAGGAGGCAGUGGUUGGAGCCCAGUAUGGGGAAACCCGGCGCACGCUGGUUCUUUCCGGUCGACCACUGCGGAUGCUGCCAAAUGACUAUAUUAAGGAAUGGGAGAAGCGUCCGGAGGAGAUUGCCAGGUUAACGGCUAAAGGCAUUGUCCCUAUCGAGCAUGACUUCAAUAACGAUAAGGAGGUUGACAUUCCUUUCUUGAUGGGCGAUGUCUCGGCCAGUAUCAAGGAGAUCAAGCCCGCUGGUGUCAUCGUGCAGGACAUGGUGCAGCAGGCUGUGGAAGAAUUGAAGAAAGGAAGAAGCUAUAUUAUCGACGCUGGAACCAGUAAACUAUGA